AUGACUCUACAGCUGAAGACCAAAGCCUGGCUCUCAGACCUGCACUGCUCUGUGGGGCUGACAGACUGGGACAUGGACAAGGAGCUGAAACUGGCAACCACCUCAGACCAGUUUUACCACGGUGACGGUUUUUUUUCCUCUUUCAGUCAUUCUCUUAAUUUGAUGCAACUAUAAAAAUUAGAUCUGCGAUGAUUUUUCACCGACAGAUGAGAAACUGAGCGAUCAGUACGUGGUCCAGAGACCUUCAGCGAGAUCCUCCAGGAGGAAAGAUGAGUUCACCUGGUACGACAAAACUUCAGGUGAGCCGAGAGAAGAAGGGAACAGACCCGCUGUUCAGGACCUGUCGUUCCACCUCUAAAGUCCACGAUGUUCCUCCGUCCUUCAGACACGUUUGUGAAGCCGAACCCGUGGCUGUGGGUCAACCCUAACAUCGUCUGUCCGGUCCGUUAUGGAGCCGACUCAGAGGACAUGCAGACUGUCUGUGAACCUGCAGAGAAGAUCCAAACCUCUGGACCAGACCCUGCAGAGACCCGGCAUCAGCUCCCCUCAGAGAAUCACGUCUUCACCUCCCAUGAUGCUCCUCUGCAGGAGGAGCUGCUGCAGUCUAUGACCUCCACUGAAUACAUGGUACAGUGUUCACUACAUACACACACAGCUGUUUUUAUUAAAUCUGAGUUUGUUCUCCUCGUGCUCACACAUGUAAACGCAGACAGGCUAACAGCUCAUAUAAGACGAGGAUUCCUAUAAUCAAUAAUCAAACACAGACGUCUCUGAACACAGGGGGGGCUUUUAAAAAUCAUUUACAGUCUUCAGGGUCUCCUUAGUUUCAUGGAGAGACAUUUUUCUUCAGUGGGUGAGAAGACGUCUCUGCGGGCAGAUGAUUGAAGAUGAAAUCUGAAGGUCUGAAGUUGACGGUGUUUCUUCAUUGGGCUCCGGCUCAGAGAAAUCGUCGGGAUCAUUUCGAUGAUUUCAUCUUUAGUUUGGUGUUUUAAGUAAAAUCAGUUUGAGUUUCCGAUGCUGUGAUUUCCACUCCAGAGUCACGUCCGUUUUUACUGCUGAGGCCUAAAGAUUAAAGUCGUCCAGUAUCAGGAGCGGAUCAGCCUCUGUGCAGAUUUUAUGAAUCUUUGAAUUAAUAUUAAUAUGAUGUUAUAUUCUCAGAUGGUAGGUCGUGUGAGUGGAAGAAAAAAACCUCAAACAAGAUGUGAAUUCUCAAAAAUACAGAGAACAUUUAUUAGGCCACAUCAGAAUAAGACAAAAAUGUCAAUUAAUAAAAUAAUUUGCAGAAUGAUUUCCUGCAGAAGAGGAAAAAAUGAAACAUAAGUCCAACAAACUGUUUCUCCUCCUUUUACUCUGUUACCUGCAGCUUCAAUCACAGCCUCACAGAAUCCAGGUGUGUCCACUCUCACCUGCAGAGAUAAUAACAGAUCUGAAAACAGAAUUCUCUGAAAAACCACACCCCCCUGUACAUUCAGAACCAAAGACCGCAAAUAUCCUUUUAGAGUGAAAUGUAAACAUCAUCACAUUUAAAAUAGGCUUCAAACCAAUACUGCUUGGAUGCUAGAGGACUGUGCACCUUCCUUUAACCUUAACAAUAAUUGGUUAGAAUAUGAAUCACAUCGUUUUAUCUCAGACACGUCGUCUUUUUCACGUACGUUGACAUGUUUCGGCGGGAACUUCUGCCUUCCUCAGAAGUGCCACUUGGUGGUCGAUGUGACACGACAUAUCAUCUGAUGUUACAGAGGUGUGACCCUCCUGUCAAUUUUUCCACCGAAACAUGUCAAAGUACGUGAAAAAGACGACAUUAAACAUCUGAAGACAUAAAGAACAUCAUUCAACAAUAAAAUCACUUCAUUUUUCAGAGUUUUUUUCUUAAAUGUUCUGAAAUAAAAAUAGGCAUCAAAUUUAAAGAUGAUCAAAUAUUGUCGUAAAGAUAAAUAUGGUUCAACUCUUGAUGUUUUUGUAAUGUUCUUGGAUUAAAUAAAGGCUUUAAAUUCAGUUUUCUCCACCCGUCCAGCUGUUUGUCAUAUUUACAGGUUUCUUUGUGGAGACGCUGAGGCCGUGUCAACAGUUUGUUUCAGGGUUCAUCAUGUUUUACCGUAAAGCUUCACACAGGAUCUUUUUUAACAUUUUAAAAGUGUUUGUGAAGAUAAUCUGAUGUCCUCUGACCUUCUCUGACCUUCAGAUCAACACUGAGGUCGUGUCCUGUCAACCCACCAAGAACAGACGGAAAGGAAGGACGACCAAGGCGAGGGUGAGAACACGAGGCUCAGCUCCAACCCUGUAGGAAGAAAUGAACUCUGAAAUGAAGCUGACGAACAUUUUUAUAUCCGAAUAAAUCACUGAACUUCACUCUGAAUUAAACUGCACCAUUAAAUUAUUUUGCAUUUCAGAACAGUUUUUUAAGUCUCUGUGAAAAAUGUAAAAUUUUCUUUCCAAUCCUUUAAAUUUGAAAAUCAAAUGAAUGAAACAAAAAAGAUCUUCACUUUUCCAUUUGUUAAUCAAAUCGAUGCUGCGCCGGUCCAACAGCAGAGUAAUCUGAAACCACGACUUAGAGGCAGGAGACGGCUCCUUCAAAAUAAAGUGUUCUUACAGAUUAGACUGACAAAUCCGUAAAGUUCAGUUCGACCCCAAUCGAUAUCUGAUGAUUUCAAAUCAACAGUUUUAGUAACGUUUCCUUAAAGCUGCAGUAAGGAACUUUUAGUUAGUCACUUUUGGCGCCCCCUGUGUCUGUGUUUUGUUCAUUUAAAGAAGAAAAUGAUAAAAAGCUGCUGUUUUUUUAGGCUGCUGCCGAUCAUCCGCCCGACACCUUUCCUCUCACGGCGGCUUCAGUCGUUAAAAAUGACGACAGAGAAUCCGUCGGCCUGGAUCCUUCCGGUCAUAAAGAAGCAUCAGUAUCAGUCAGUACGUUUACAGUCACAGUUUAAUCAGACUGAGCUCAUAAUUUGUUUUUUCCUCUGAAUCAGACUUCUCUCCUUGUCCUCGUUUACAUGCAGCUGAGAAAACUGAAUUAUUGAUGUGAACGUGUCCUCCUCCCCAACACUAGGGGGCGAUCCGGGUCUUUUCAGCGGCGCUGUUUCUGGACCUUUUUAAAGACGCCUCGCUCCUCGUUUUGCGACCGUCCACAUACUUUGAAAUGUCCAUUUCUGCCAGGAUGGGAAGCAUAAUGACGCUCUCCUCGUCGCUCUGAAAUCGGACGUUCUUUCGUGCUUCAGCGAUGUUCCAGUGGAUUCUGAGUUGAAAGUUCUUUAAAUGAUAGCGCCACUUCUUCUCUGGUGCUUUUGUUUAGGGGUUACAGGGGCGUGGCGCACAUGUAUUGUCCGAUCACACUCCGACUACGCUGGUUACAUGGUAGAGAAAAUCGAAUUCUAAUCGCAUUCUGUGGGUGAAACGGACUGAGUGAAAAACUCCUUAUAGUGCCUUUAAUAUCCGAUGGUUUUGAGGACAUAAACAGAAGAAAAAAAAACGAACAUGCUGCUUAUUUUCAAGUUUCCUGUGAUUAGGAAAAACGCCGAUCAUGUGACUCCUCAUCGUGUGGAUCCAUCAGCACAGACUUCCUCCCCGGUCUGAGUCCCCUCACAGGAGCUCUGAAUCCGUGUCUUCUCACUUCCAGGACAGUAAGACCCUGAAACCAGGAUGCUGGCCCCGCCCUCCUGUGAACUACUGCAUCCUCAUCGCGUUGGCGCUGAAGAGCAGCCACACCGGGAGCCUCAAAGUCCAGCAGAUCUACAGCUUCUGCAGGUCAGAGUUCAAACUUCAUCUCCUCUUAGAGACCCACAAUCGCAGGUCUCUGGAGUCCACCACCUCUCUAAGUCGAACUCGUCCUCUGUUGUUUUCUCGUAUUUCUCCUCCGUCUUUCCCAGAGAGCACUUCCCCUUCUUCCAGACGGCUCCUGACGGCUGGAAGAACACCAUCAGACACAACCUGUGCUUCAAUAACAGCUUCCGCAAAACCUGCAACCAGCUGUGCCGGGACGGGAAGAGGAAGUCCUGCUUCUGGCACCUGACUCUGGACGGCCACCGGCGGCUGAGGGAAGAGAUCCGCAUGCUGACCGGAGACACUCUGAAGCAGCUGGAGAUGAGCAUGUCCCACCCAGGUGAACGUCUCAAAGUCCUGCUGCUAACAGAGAGUCUCAGUCUCAGUAUCUGUGUGGAUAUCUUUUAUUGUCGUCCCUGA